AUGACUUUUGUGGUACAAAAGGGAUACCUGGAAUAUAUUGAUCCAAGAUUGACAUAUCAUGAUGUUGCAACUACUUUACAAUCUUAUCCUACAUUGAAACCAAGAACAAGAGUAUAUACUAGUGAAACAGGUGAAUCUCAAUUGCUUCUAUGUCUUUAUGGUUCAAUUCCUUCUCCUAUUGGUGGUAAGAUUUAUAAAAUUCCAAUUGAAUUAUGGGUUCCACAUGAAUAUCCAUUAAUGGCACCUUUUGUUUAUGUUGUUCCAACUGAAAAAAUGAUUCUACAACCUGGGAAUCAUGUUGAUAAUAGUGGGAGAUGUUAUUUACCUUAUUUAGCUAAUUGGGGUUCAAAUAAUAAUGAAGAUAAUAAUGGUCAAUCAACAAUUGUUAAAUUAUGUGAACAUUUAUCUAAAAUAUUUGGUUUAGAACCUCCAGUUUUUGCUAAACCUAUUAGUAAACCAACUACACCAAUAAUAUCUCAACGUAUACCAUCAAAUCAACAGCAACAACAACAACAACAACCAUCACCACAUCCUACACUACCCCCAAAAAUUAAAGAAUCUGAUAAUGUAACAAGUACAGCAAGUUCAGCAUCCGCAAGUCCACCCCCAUUACCUCCAUUACCAAAUGAACUAAGAUCAAAAGUUAUUCAAUCACCAACAUUAAAUAAACGUGAUCAUUUAUUUAAUCAACCUGUUUCAAUUGAUCAACAAAUAUCAUCACAAAAUAAUAAAUCAUCAUCAAAUACAUUUGAGCAACCAAAUAUAAUGGAUACUGAUAAUACUGAUGAUUCUAAUGGCGGGGUUGAUCCAGAGAGACAACAAAUCCUAGGUCAUUUGAAUUCAUUAUUACAACAAAUUAAUCAUUUUGAAAUUUUGGAAGAUUCAAAUAGAAUAUCUUCAAAUGUUUUAAAUAUUAAAAAUACAAUUGAAAAAUUUGACAAGAUAUUCCAAUAUGAAUAUAAAAAUUUAGAUUCAACUGAAAAACAAAUAAAAGAAAAUGAAUUGAUUUUACAUAGUUCUAUAGAUGAAGCACAAAAAGUUAUAAAUGAAUCGAAUGGAUAUGGUGAUUUAAAUAUCGAUGAGAUUAUUUGUGGAGAAACUAUGGUUUUCAAUCAGUAUGUAUAA